UGGAAGAAUCUAGAAGAAGAAGAGGUUGUUAUGAAACGGAUAUGGUGUGUUAGAAAUAUUGGUUUCACCAUUGUUACAGAAUAUUGUGUGAGAAGCUUCUUCUCAAAGUACCUGUUUGGUUCUGCGUUUGACACUGCUAAACGCGCGUUUGGAAGGUGAAAACGCGAUUCAGAAGUUUGCAAAUAUGUUUGGGUUUCAUUUUUAAAAUCGAUUCAACCAAGCAAACGCGAUUUUACUGGAAGCUGCUAUUCCUAGCUUCUGCGUCUGAGUGAAAUCGAUUCUCCCACAAAUCAAUUUGAAUUUUCUGUUUUACCCUUUCAACAGCAUGACAAGACCAUAUGCCUUCUUUACGGUUGUUUAUGGCCUCCUGUGUUAAGUUUCCAACCGUGUAAAACUCCCUUAGGUUAGAGAUGAAGGAGAAAUAUAUUGGGUUUGCCUUUCACAACCCGGCCCACUAACAAUAACAAACCAAUUUUUUAUUUAUUUUUUAAGGAAAGAACGGAAGAAACGUACCCUAUUGAAGCUCAAAUCCAAGUACGAAAAGGAAAUUCUUCAGUGGGAAAAUUUGUCGAACACCUUGCGUUCAUUGCAAAUUUCUUCUUCACCUCAGCUUCAACAGCAACAGCAACAGCAACAGCAACAGCAACAGCAACAGCAACAGCAAACCCUAUCUCUUCCUUCUACUUCUUCAUCUACUCAAUCCAAUCUCCUCGACGACCUUCUCUCCCAGGUAGAAGCUCAGGAAGGAAUCAUUCAUGAUAUUUCCAAUUUAUGCGAUGUAGCAGAAGCAAUGUGCUAGUGGGCCGGGUUGUGAAAGGCAAACCCAAUAUAUUUCUCCUUCAUCUCUAACCUAAGGGAGUUUUACACGGUUGGAAACUUAACACAGGAGGCCAUAAACAACCGUAAAGAAGGCAUAUGGUCUUGUCAUGCUGUUGAAAGGGUAAAACAGAAAAUUCAAAUUGAUUUGUGGGAGAAUCGAUUUCACUCAGACGCAGAAGCUAGGAAUAGCAGCUUCCAGUAAAAUCGCGUUUGCUUGGUUGAAUCGAUUUUAAAAAUGAAACCCAAGCAUAUUUGCAAACUUCUGAAUCGCGUUUUCACCUUCCAAACGCGCGUUUAGCAGUGUCAAACGCAGAACCAAACAGGUACUUUGAGAAGAAGCUUCUCACACAAUAUUCUGUAACAAUGGUGAAACCAAUAUUUCUAACACACCAUAUCCGUUUCAUAACAACCUCUUCUUCUUCUUCUUCUUCUUCUAGAUUCUUCCAUCCAUUCUCCAUCUCUAAAUCACCACUCCGAUUCCUCUCCACAACCCCAUACCCACUCCAAUACCAACUUAUCAUUAACCGCCCCGACCUCCCUAAACCCAACCCUCACUGUCGAACCCAAAAACCUAACGCUUCACCCGAACCAACCCAACCCGACUCUCUCCAAAGCUGGGCCGAUGAUAAACUACUAACAACCGAACCCGGUUCAUCUGAACUUGAUAAAGCCAAGAGGAAAUACUAUAACAAAAGGAGGAAGAGAAUGUAUGGUUCUGAUUCUGAUUCCGAUGAUCAUCGGAGAAAUGAAGAACAAUUUGUUGAACUGAAACCUGAAGUUGUUGAAUUGAGAACUUUGCAUACAAGAGAAGAAGAAUUGUAUUUUUAUGAUGCUUUUAGUUAUCCUUGGGAGAAAGAUAAACAUUAUAAAAUGGUUUAUCAAUUGGAGAAAAAGUUUUUCCCUCAUCAGUGUUUGGAUAAAGCUUUUCUUAAACCAGGUCAAUCUAAUCCAGUUUCCAAUUUUUCAAAUUCCAAAAAUUCAAAUGCAAAUGUUAGGAACAAAAAAGUUGGUGUUUUUGGUGGUGUUGGUGGUGUUGUGGAGGAUAAAGAUGAGGUUGGUGAUAACAAAUUGGUGUUUUUUGAGGAGAAUGUGAAAGGGGAAGAAGAUAGAGAAAAAGAAAAGGGUAAGAAGGGUGAGAAGAAGGUUGAAGAGUUUUUUAAGGGUUUGAAGAAAGAUGUUGAAAUUGUAGAGCCAUUUUUUUCUUCAAGGAGGACUGGUCUUCCUCCUGUUUGGGAUAGUCAACAUGGGACAGUGCUUUUGAUUAACAAACCUAAAGGUUGGACUUCAUUCACAGUUUGUGGAAAGCUUCGCCGCCUUGUCAAAGUGAAAAAGGUAGGUCAUGCCGGAACUCUUGACCCAAUGGCUACUGGUUUAUUGAUUGUUUGUGUUGGCAAAUCAACAAAACUGGUGGAUAGAUAUCAAGGGAUGAUUAAGGGUUAUAGUGGGGUUUUCCGCUUAGGGGAGGCUACUUCAACAUGGGAUGCUGAUUCACCAGUCAUUCAGCGUGAGCCAUGGGAGCACAUCAAAGAUGAGGACAUAAAGAAAAGUGCCUUGUCCUUUUGUGGGGAGAUUUGGCAAGUUCCUCCCAUGUUUUCUGCUAUUAAAGUUGGAGGUGAAAAGAUGUACGACAAAGCAAGGAGAGGAGAAAGCAUUGAACUUUCGCCUAGACGAAUUUCAAUUUUCCAAUUUGACAUAGAGCGUAGCUUGGAUGACAGGCAAAAUUUGAUUUUUAGAGUGACUUGUUCUAAAGGAACAUAUAUUCGGUCACUCUGUGCAGAUUUCGGAAAGGCUCUUGGCAGCUGUGCCCAUUUAACUGCUCUCCGAAGAGAUUCAAUUGGACAAUAUUUAGCAGAUGAUGCAUGGGACUUUCAAGAACUGGAAGAGGCUAUCACCAAAACUUAUCUUUAACUUCUCUGCUUCUCCCUCCCUCAACAUGCAAUUUUCUUUUGAACAAAACGUAAGUGCUUUUUGUGUUAUUCUUAACUAAAAAUAUUAAUAACUACUAUGAUUGAUUUCCUUAAAUCUGUAAUUUUCUCAUAGUUCAUCUUCAUUGUAACCACACAAAAAGUGUAUUUUAGGUCAACAACAACGCGAAAAGCACCUAUGAAAUGUCAUUUUAUUUUUGGUAAACAUGUUUAUGAACCAAUUUUUAAGCAUAUUAUCGCACUUUUUGGGAUGUUUUACUUUUCAGAAUUCAUUUCUAAGUUCUAACUUGGUAUGUAAAAUUGAGGUAAAGGGUCUGUAAUAUUUACUCAUGCAUUAUUUAUUUAUAUUAAGGGUGCCUUUGUUUCCAGGA